AGGACGGUGGGUGAGAGAAAUAGACGGAGGAGCACAGCGAAGAGAGGCGACACAGAAGACACAGAGGGGACAGACGGGGCGAGAAAGCACGAAGAGCGAGGAAGGGAAACAUAAUGAGAGGAGGAGAAGAAGAAACCCAUCCCAGCAGUGUUUCUGUCACAAACAGAGCCUUGAAAACUUCUUCACAUUGAAGAAUUCUCCACUGCUCGCCAAGGGAAUGAACAUUUGCUUCAGUAAUAGCAAUUUUUUUUGAUAGGGCUGUAAUUCAAACAAAAACACUGAGUUGAAACUAUAAAUGGGACAAAAAUAGGGCCAAGUUUCAUUGGGUAAGAACUCUUUUUGGCUCUUUUUGUUUGUUUUGUGCAUCAAAAGCCUCCUGAACUUGUCAUUUGAAGAGUUUCAAACAUGAGCUCAGACAACUCAACUCUGCUGGACAGCUUGUUCUUUGCACCACUGUGCGAUGGCUGGAGCAACAACACAGAGGGAGCCAUCUACCAUUUGGGUAACACCAUCCUGUUCCUGGGCUACAUGGGAGGCAGCGGGGCCUAUGGGUGCCUCUUCAUCUUUGGCUUCCUGACUCCAGCCUUCCUGUGCCUGACCCUGUGGGGCUGGCUGACGAUGUGCGGCCUUGACGUCUUCACCUGGAACCUGCUUCUGCUGCUGGCCUGCUUUGCUCAAAUCUGCCACCUCCUUUACCGGCUGCACCAGGAGGGCAUACGCAGUGCAAAGCUGACCUCCCUCUACCAGGCGGUCUACCUGCCGCUGGGCGUGCCCGUCCAGGUGUUCAAGGAGAUAGCAAGUGCUUUUGAGAAUAAGGUGGUAGAGCUGAAGGCAGGAGAGACGUACGCUGUGGAGGGCAAGACGCCCAUCGACCAGCUCUCCUUUCUGCUGUCUGGGAGGAUCAACGUGUCUUUGGAGGGCCAGUUCCUGCAUUACAUCCACCGCCACCAGUUCCUCGACUCUCCGGAGUGGGAGUCUCUCAGACCAAACGAGGAGGGGAAGUUCCAGGUGACUCUGACGGCAGAGGAAGACUCCUGCUACAUCUCAUGGCGUCGCCGCCGCCUCUACGCACUGAUAUCAAAGGAGCGCUACAUCGCCCGCAUCUUCUCCGUCAUGCUGGGCUACGACAUCGCAGAAAAGCUCUACAAUCUCAACAACAAGCUCUACAUAAAGAGCGGCGUGCUGCUGGACAUCCGCCUUCCCAGCCUCUACCACGUGCUGGCCCCCUCGUCGCAGAGCAGCGAGGGCGGCAGCUGCAGUGACGCUGGCAUCGCCAGGGAGCAGCAAACCGAGAAACCAGGCCAACACCAAGCACCGGCCCAUGAGAAGCCCGCACCAGCCGAGUCUCAGCCCCUCCAGCCACACCUGCAGGGACCAAGGAAGACCCACCUAGAUGAACCCCAGGCACCCCAGCAUGACCGUUAUCGACACCCCUGGGCGUCAGACCCGGAGCUGGCCUCUGGUGAGGACUCCACCAGCCUGGUCCUGGAGGACUUUGCUGAUGUGGCGGGCUCCUUAAUGGAUUAUGGGAGUGAGAGGGAUUAUUUGAGGUAGAGGGGCAGGGUGCUGGAGCUAACACACUGGGUCACCACUUAAGCUACAUGUAAGUACCUCACCUGGGCGGAGAGUGGCGUGGGGGUUGGUGUGUGUGCAUGGAUGGCUUGCAGUGCACAGUUCUUACUAACCCGGCUUCGUACUGAGACGUAGGGCUGGGCGAUUAGGCCGAAAUCAGUAUAGCGUUCAUUUCAAAAAAAAUUUUCCCAAUAAUGGUUUACAGAUUCCUCAUAAUACAUUCGUUACAGUGGUGGAUGUUUACCAGGUACAUUAAUUCAAAUAUGGUACUUGGGUACAUUUUUGACGUAAUUCCAUUUUGAGUAUUUCCAUUUCCGUGACAUCUCUUCGAGAAAUAAUGCACUUUUUACUCCACUACAUUUAUUCGACAGCUGUACUUAUUAGUUACUUUGCGGACUUAGAUACAACAUACAAAACAUAUGACCAUCUUAAAAAAAUAUGAUAAAUUAUUAUAGAUUAAACUAAAAAAUGAUUACCAAAUACAUAUGCAUAAAGAUAUAAAGUACUUAAAAUUAGGUACACCUCAAUCAUCUGCAAUAUAAUAUCAUAACACUUUUGCAUAAUUAGUACUUUUAAAGUUUGGUGAUAAUAUUUCUGUACCGUAAUUUAAGUAUGAUUUCGAAUGCAGGACUUUUACUUUUAACGUAGUAUCUUUACAAUGCUGUGUUACUACUUCUACUUAAGUAAAAGUACCUUGUACUUCUUCCAACCACUGGACAAAUACAUACACCAUUCCACGUAAAAACAGUCAAAUUGCUGAAAUUUGUCAGUUUUUAAAACAUUUUUAAAUGGAAGUUUUAAAGUUCAACCUGACCUUGGAAACAGUAGUUGAGAAAACAAUCUCGACACAAGGUACAUUUAGCAGCUUGUUCUGAAACUUCAAUCAUAUCACGUGAUCUUCAUCAGGAAAAUGCGCUGAAAAAAAUCAAAUAAAAUGGAAAUUUGAACGUCUACAGGUCCAUGACCACUGAGCAAACUUUACCUGCUGAUGAGGAUCAUGUGAUAUGAUCAAAAGCUCAUAUUACAUAACGGCUAUUAAAAGGACCUUGAAUUGAGACUGUUUUCUUAAAUGUCAAACUGAUAUAUUAACUGUGGACUAUGUAUAUAAAAAAAACCCUUAAUAUCUAAUUUUUACAAGUUUGCUUGCAACUAAUAAUUUGCACAUUUGUAAAAUGAUGAUAUGAUAUUAUGAAUUUACAAUAAAACCUUAUUAUUGUCCAGCCCUAGUGAGAUAUUCUGAGUUGUGAAGGGAAAAGCUUUGCUGAGAUUAAUAUAGUUAUUUUGCUUUUUGGUUCUUUUGCUCUUCUUUUAUUUAUCUUGUGAGGAUCUGAUGCUCUUGGCUGCUUGGUCUUUUGCAUUUAAAAACAAACACACCUAUUUUUAAUCUCAAAAAUUCAUCUGAGCUUGGAUUGAAUGGUUUUUAGGGAGCUACCAACCUAUUUCUCGCUAUAGACUGACAUAAAAUGGUGUGGAGAACCCUUCGCUGCUGGCCUCCUCAGCUUAGGGGAGAUCUGGAUUAUUAUUGUAUUUUCCAAAUGAUACUUUAAGAUUAAAGUUCCCUCCGUGCCAGCUGCUCCGCAUUAGUGCAUUGGCUUUGGCUUUGCCACUCAGAAGCCGAGAGUCGUGCUUGGUACAGUAGCAGGGGUUAAAUCUGUCCACUCAGAUAAGAGAGAUCUGCUCAGUGAAAACAGUUUAACAGCGAAUGAGUGCAGAGUGGGCUCAUCGUGAUUUCAGACAGCUGUUCAGGUCCUGCGCGUGGUUGUAUUUCGUGUGUG